AUGCAUCAACUACUAUCUGGCCUUGAACACUGUCAUUCAAGAGGUAUAAUGCACAAAGAUAUCAAGGGAUCCAACCUUCUUGUUAGUGAUGAUGGAGCUCUGAAGAUAACUGAUUUUGGCCUGGAAAAUUUUGUUAGUGUCGGGCACAUUCAACCAUUAACUAGUCCAGUUGUUACUUUAUGGGUUCAGGUUGCUGAUGUGGUUGAUUGGGCUGAUCUCGGAAGCCGAGGAAGGACAGAAUUUGCUGGAGAAGGCAGUAAAGAAGUGCAGCAGAAGUUACAGGAAAGUAUGAGAGGCAGUGCUGCUGUUGUUGCAACAGAAGUGCAAUGCAGGGAAAGAGGUUCAGGUGAUGGCAGUGAUUGCAGGCCAGAGUAUAAGGAGAAACGAGGGUUUCCGCUACAGAUUAGUGAAAUUCAGUGA